AUGAACAAUACCGCGCAGGACGCGGAAGACAUCCAACCAAAUGCAUCUCUGCAAUCGAAUGAUGUAGUAGAGAUUCACGCCUUCCUUGAACGCCGUACCAGCAUAGAGGCCAAAGUGCAGCAAUUUGAAGCUAUGCCUCCCAUCGACGUCUUUGCAGGAGUAGACAUCCUUCCCACAUCUUCCGCCCGGAUCACGUCCUUACCUUCGCGCGAUCAACUCGACAUCUGGACGCAGGAACUGGAUCGAAUAGAGGCAGAAAUGGAACGAUUUGAGCUUGGCGAUAUGAUUCGCCUCAAAGAGCUGGCCAAAAGUAAAUCGGAACAGAAAAUGUCCCCGGAGGACACGGAUCUCAUCGAUGUCACUCUGACAACGCUCUUGGCCGUCGACAAACUAUUCCAUCUCCUUCGAGCGAGGUCCGAGACUCUCGAUAUGCUCAAUCUCAGACUCCAAUGGGAAGAUCAGCGAGUACUUGCUUGGGAAACGAUGGAUGCCCUUUUAGAGGAAUUGAUGACUUUCUUCGAACGCACAAAGUGGACCGUGUCUUUAUACGAUGAUUUCUCGACGGGUUUCGCUUCUGAUGCCUCGGUCCGACAAUCUUCCCCCACCGAGUCAAAGUUUCCCCAGGUGCUAUCUCAGAUCGCCCGCGGCGAGAGACGGAAACUCGGGGAUGGCCUCCUUGGCCAAGCAAAGCAGAUCAUGUCUCGUGUGCAUAAUUACAAGCAUGACCUUCUGCCUAAGUCUGGGGCAACUCUUGACAAAAUGAUUGAUGCGAGCUCAAAAAAGGUUCCGGAUCCUUUACUUGACGAGCAAGACAAGUUGGAGAACAAAAGCAUGGUAUUUGAAGGCCUCGAUAAGUUUAUACCAUCGUUACAUGCGCAAUGGAAGAAAGCGGACGAAUUUUACGCUGAGCUAAAGAAGGAUCAGGCUGCAGCUUCCGUUUUAAUUGAGGAGCUAGAUCAAGUGCAUAAGCUCCAUCCUUCACCCGAACUCGCCGCGUCAUUUCUCUCUCGGUCAUCAUCACUUGCAUCCCGUUUAAGUGCCAUUGGUCACCCAUCUACUAUCAUUCCUCGGCCCCUUCAUCACUUGUCACCUGAUCAAGCACUCAGCAAUGACGCCACCCAUGUCAUGUUGUCCGAAGAGCUAGCAUCUGCGAUCAAACUUUCCAGGAGGGCGGAGCUGAAAGCGAAGCAAUACAACGUUCGAGCACAGGCUGUGGAGCGUGCCUCUACAAUUCUGUCGGAUUCAUCUCGACUUCGGAUAAAGUUGGAGGCUCUGAUUGAUCGUCUAACCAAUGGCUCUGGGGGCGGGAAUGAUGCCCUGCCUCCGCGCCUCGAUGACCUGGGCUCCCUCGAAAUAAGAGCGCACAGUUCAUACAUUGCGCUGCUGCCCUCACUACUGCAGGAUCUCUCAGCUGCUGAGUCUGAUGCAAGAAAUGUGUUGAAGAGAUUAAGCGCAACUAUUCUGGAGCUUCGUCAGUUCAAUGCAUCCUCAGAUUUUCUCCAACGUUGCAGAGACGCAUCCGAAAAUAUUAUCGAGCUCGUCAGUAAGGCUAUGAGUGCCAAGGCUCAGGCCACCAAUGAUGUGGAUGCAUUGCGAGCUGCUCGAUCCAUACUUCCUUCUACAUCUGAAUUGCAUACAUUAGUGUCUCGGCUUAUUUCGGAACUUCUCAUCGCGAUUGAUGCGGACCAGUGGACCUUGCGCCGCCAACGCCAGUCAACCGCUGGAUCUCCCGACACUCCCCUCCCGAUCUUGACCAACGUCGAGGAUGCAAAAGUCCGGGUAUCACAGUUGAUCUCUGGGAUAACGUCCCGGCUUUCCUCGCCCCUCGAGGCGUUAUCUCCCAGUAUCCCCAAAAUCCUGCACUCUCGGCUGCAGGAAGACAUUGAUGUCAUUCUUGCAGACGUGGCGUACGUACAGUUGUUAAUUGCUACUUUAAACGCUGUGCGGAUCCAGAGGACGGAAAUGGAACGACUAUCGGAACAAGCGACGGUCCUUGGGAGUCGAAUAAGCGAUCUUCGUGAAUCAAUCGGAGGCCACAUUCAGGAUGUGCUCCAUGACAAGCGUUCUGACGACGGAACGUCCUCAAUGAUCGGCGACAUGAUUUCCGAGCUAGCCGCCCAAGUCAAUUCUCUUGUCGCCUCCCUUCCGACAAUGGUGUCUUUUGUCUCAUCUCAGCCUUCAGAUGCCUCGCAUGGUGACCGAAAGAGCAGUCCGUCUAGGAUGCACCCUGAAUCACGUCCUGCAGACAAUUUGCACCGCAAGCUCAGCGCCAUAGACCAGACUGUUCGUGCUGACCUAAACUCAAUGGCUCUUACGCUGUCUUCCGGACUAGAUUCCUUGAAAAAACAGCUUGAGGUGUAUAACCUUGCUGGCAUAGCUAGGGUGUUGGACGCACGAUUGGGGACGUUUUCACAAACUAUCACGGAAGCGUUCCAGGCGCUGUCGACAAAAACGUUGGAACACGAGGCGUUGAUCAAGGCGUCCGAGGAGGACGAAACAGCUGCAUCUGCUGGACAUGAUGAAGAGUUCGAACAAGCUAUAACGUCUCUUGACGAGUCAAUGCGUCAAUAUGGAUCUGAUAUCAUUUCUUCGAUGGAGCUGUCUCUGAGUACACUGCGAGACCUGAGGACUAAUCGGGUGCCCACAAUUCCAAUAGCGAAGUUAUUUGAAGAUACCGAACGUCGAGCCCAGAAGUUCCCUGGAGAGGUUGCUGCGGUGAGGUCGACUCUAAUGGAGGCUAGAAGGCAGACAGAACGUCUAGCAUAUCAAGCUCGGUUGACAGCAGAGCGCGAGGAGAUGCUACGACGCGGCUCUUUGAGUCAGGCAGAGCUUGAAGCAGCUCGAAAUGCCCUCAAGGCAUCAGAGGUAAAGGCGCAGGCCGCUAUGGAUGAGUUUCGACGUCAAUGGGAAGAAGAGCAAGCGAAGAGAAAGGAAGCCGCUGCUCAAAACGAGGCUGAGUUUUCCUCGAGUAGUCAUUUAGAACAGCUAAAGAUGCAGAUAGCGUCAAUACGAGCCGAACUUAACUCCAUUGGGAUCACAGCGGCAGCUCGUUCACCAAGCUUGUCUGGUGCAUCGGAGGAUUCACAGACAAAUCAUCGUCUUCCCUCGUUUGCUGAUGCUCAAGCAAUGCGGGGCCGUUUCAAUGCUGUAUCAUUCGCGUUCUCCGAUCUCCCUUCCAAUCUUGCUGAAACACGCUUAGCAAGCGAAGUAGCGUCGUUGAAAAGCCAGAUUGAUCACAAUCACGAGUUACUUGCGAGAGUUGAACGUCUGGGCUCUUCUCCCGCCUGGUGGAUCAGUGCGACUCCGCUCUGA